AUGGCCAACCUCUCCUCCACCUUCAAAUCCUUCACUCUCUCCCUCACACUCCUCUCCUCCUUCCUCUUCUUCCUCCUCCUCCCAACUCCCCAUUCCCCAAACUACCCCUCCCCUUCUCCCCUAAUCCCUCACAGGUCCCUCCUCCCAACCACCCCUUCUUCCUCCUCCUCCAAUGGCCUCUUCAACUACCAAAACCCUAACCUCUCCCUCCCUUCCCUCCUCCUCAUCCUCCUCCUCCUCUUCUACCUCCUCAUCAAAACCGCCCAGGACCACUUCUCCCUCGUCACCACCAAGCUCACCUCCGCCCUCAACCUCACCCCCUCCAUGGCCGCCGUCACCCUCCUCGCCCUCGGCAACGGCGCCCCCGACGUCUUCGCCUCCCUCGCCGCCGUCCGCCGCGGCAACUACCGCACCGGCUUCGGCGCCAUCCUCUCCGCCGGCGCCUUCGUCUCCGCUUUCGUCGUCGGUUUCGUCGCGAUCUACGCCGCGCCCUUCUCCCUCAGCCCCGCCACGUUCGUCCGUGACGUCAUGUUUUACCUGAUCUCGGCGACGUUCUUGUUCUACGUGUACCUGAGCGCCGAGAUUUACUUGUGGCAGGCGGUGGGGUUUGUUGGGUUCUACUUGUUCUUUGUGGGGUUUGUGUUCUGGAUGGACUUGGGGUUGGGCGGCGGCGGAGGAGGAGGAGAGAAGAGGGGCCGGAGUGAGGUGGCGGAGAGUGAAAUGCAGAAGGGGUUUGUUGCGGUGGACUGCGAGAUCGGAGGAGUUGAGAAGAGAUCGGAGGAAAUGGAGAACCCGAGUUUCGGGGUCCGGCGGGUAAUGGAAAUGGUCUCAAAAGUAUGGGAGGUUCCAGUCUCAGUUCUUCUGAAGCUGACCAUUCCACAAGCUGCCCCAUCGGAGUGGAGUAGAUUCUACACAUCAGCCAAUAUUGCUCUGUGCCCUCUAGCGCUUCUAUACUCUUGCAACGCGUUCAUGGAAUUCAGUCAUCCCGUAGCUUUUCUCCUUUCCAACACCCAUCUUCCACUAUGGUUUGUUGUAUUCUUGGCAAGCUCCUCUCUUGCACUUCUUCAUUAUAUAAUAGAGAAAGAGCCCCCCAAAACCGAGCAAAUUCCUGUAUUGCUUAUAGCAUUUGUUAUGAGUGUCGUUUGGAUAUCCACUACUGCUGGAGAAUUGUUGAACUGCCUUGCUGCACUUGGAGCACUUCUGGAGUUGCCACCAGCACUUCUUGGGCUUACGGUUCUUGCCUGGGGAAAUUCUGUGGGGGAUCUUGUUGCUGAUGUGGCAGUUGCCAAGGCAGGCCACCCUGCAAUGGCCAUGGCAGGGUGCUUUGCCGGGCCAAUGUUUAACAUGCUUGUUGGCCUUGGAUCAGCAUUGGUGAUACAGACCUCUAAUGUUUAUCCGGAAGCGUAUGAGCUCCAGUUCCAUGUGGGUAUUGUGAUUGCAUUUGUGUUCCUGCUUUUGAGCUUGAUGGGUUCUCUAUUGGUGAUCACAUGGUGCAGAUUCCGGGUGCCUAGGUUCUGGGGUUUCUGUCUUGUUGGACUCUAUGUCGUUUUCAUGGCAGUCAGCUUACUGAUUGCCAAGUUUUCGGGGUGAUUUAUAACCUAAUACAAGUGGGUUUAUCAUCCACAAAAUCCAAGCAACCAGGGAUGUUCUGGAGCUUCUGUAUCCUAUAUCAGCUUGGGGAUCAUGCUAACUCUGACAUGGAUUGUGCAUAUACAAUACAAGCAUCACUCAUUUACAGUUCAAGAAAGAAACAAUCAUGGUGCAAGUUAUUGGCCACCCUUAUAGGUAGAAAUUGAAUUGUUUCAACAUUGAGUAGGUGAAUUUUUUUAGACUAGAAUUACUAUGUGAUUGGAAUUGGAAUCAUUGUUUGACCCAAAUUCUGUGAUUGGAAAAUAUUUACUGGGCAUAUAUGCUUUGGGUAGUGGCAAACUGGCAAUACCCUUGGCUCUUGUGCUACUUGUAACAUUACC